UGCUCACAAACCAAGGGUUCUUGUUUAGCCACGUACUUUAAACCAAUACUCGUCCAAUUCUCCCUUAAAAACCUUUCUACUAGUAGCUUUCCCACCACCAUUACCAACACCAGUACACCACCAAAAUUGAACAACAUUUAUAGAGAUUUUCAGAAUCUCAUCCUCCUUUUUUAUCCUCAAUAAUGGCUUUCUGUCAUAGCUUAUGGUUGUUAUGUUUAUUCAUUAUCAUCCCAGUUUUUGUUGAUUCAGCUAGUCAUGACAAGGAACUUAGCCUUGGGCCUGUAAUCAACGUAACCAAGCACCUGUCUUUCCUGGAUUUCAACUUUAACAAAGACCCCAGAGUUUUCCAUGAUGUGAGGCUCUUAGGCAGUGCCAAGUUCUCAAACGAAAAGGGUGCUCUUCAAAUCCCUGAUGAAUCAAAAGCAGUUGAUCUUAAAGACCAAGCAGGUCGAGCCCUUUACUCCUCCCCUAUUCGACUCCUUGACCCUCAAACCAAAACUCCAGCUUCCUUCGAAACCACCUUUGCUUUUCAAGUUAACAAUGCUUCCCACCUUAGUUCUGAUAGUACUGGCCAUGGUGGUAGUGGCCUUACUUUCAUCAUUGUCCCAGAUGAAUUCACUGUGGGAAGGCAUGGACCUUGGCUUGCCAUGCUUAACGAUGCUUGUGAGGAUGACUACAAAGCAGUGGCAGUGGAGUUUGACACUCAUCAAAGUCCUGGAUUUGGAGAUCCUAAUGACAACCAUGUGGGGAUCAACUUAGGAAGCAUCAUUUCCACUAGAACAAUCAAUGUGUCCGAUUUUGGUAUUGUCCUAAACGAUAGUUUGGUUCAUCGAGCUUGGAUCACCUACGAUGGUCCACGUCGUUGGAUGGACAUUCGUUUAGGAUCAAAACAUGAAGAUUACCCAACAAAACCAAUCUUCUCUGAGCAACUUGAUCUCUCACCGUUUCUCAAUGAAUACAUGUUCAUAGGAUUUUCAGCUUCCACAGGCAAUUUGACUCAAAUCCACAACGUCUUGUCAUGGAAUUUCACGUCCACAAGCCAAGCCUUUCUUCGUGUUCCUUCAACAGAAACAUGUGAGAGCAAGAUCAUUGUCGAGGAUGGAUCUGGGACUAGGAAAGCUAGUGCAGAACCACCAGGCAGCUUCUUGAUUUUUGUGGCUGUGGUAGCGUUAAUUCUAGCUGUUCUGCUCAGUUUGUUCCUUAACAGUAAGCGUAAACGUGAUAAAUCACACAAUCUUAAUAUCUUGUUGUCUGAGAAAAAAGAACGACCAAGGCCUCCAAAUAAGCCUCGCCGGUUCACUAUUGCUGAGAUUUCCUCUGCGACUCGGUGUUUUAGUGAAUUAGAUAUAUUGGGUAAUGAUUCAAGAGGUGUUUACUAUAGAGGAAAGCUCUCCAAUGGCUGCCAGGUGGCUGUGAAGCGGUUCUCAGCUCAGUUUCUGAACUCGCAGGGUUUAGAUAGGCGGCGUGUGAUGAAGGAAAUUGGUUCUAUCAGCAGAAUUCGUCAUCCAAAUAUGUUGCCUAUCAGGGGUUGGUGUCAAGAUAAUCGCCAGGUAAUGGUUGUGUAUGAUUUCUUUACAAAUGGAAGCCUUGAUAAAUGGCUAUUUGGGGUUGGUGUUCUACCAUGGACUCGGCGAUUCAAGGUUGUGAAAGAUGUGGCCGAUGCACUUUGUUUUUUACACUCCAAGCAACUAGCACAUAAGAAUAUGAAAACUACUAGUGUGUUUCUUGAUGUUAGUUUCAGAGCAGUAUUAGGGGAUUUUGGUUUUGUGCUGUCUGGGAAUGAUUCAAAACAAUUCGAAUCAGCAGUGAGUCAAAAAGCUGAUGUGUUUGAAUUUGGUGUCUUUGUGUUGGAAGUAAUUGCUGGGAGGAAGAGGUUGGACUCAGAGAUGGAUCAGAAAGAGAGGGACUUGUUGGAUUUUGCUUGGAGAAUGCAUGAAAUUGAUGAGAAGGUGAAGGUGGUGGAUGGAAGAAUGGGAACAGUAAUCAACUUGAAGCAAGCAAUUCGGGUUUUGGAAAUUGGGUUGCUUUGUACACUAAAUGAGGCUAAAGGCAGGCCACGUAUGGAGGAGGUGGUUGAGUUUCUGACCAUGGAGGGUCCAAUUCCUGAGCUGCCACAAAGUAGGCCUAUUGCUUUGUUUCCCUACAACAGCGCCACCGGACUUUGCAGUGGCUAUUCUUGUGCUUCUUUCAAGUGAAGUCACAUAGCCAUGGGGUGAUUCACAGUUUCAGGGCUUGAUAGAUAGUCUUAAUUUUGUCCUAAAUGAGGCAUAGGCAGGCAUCUUAUAUGAAAGCCAUUUAGAAAUGUGUGUAUUUUUAAUGAAGCCAUUAUGUCUUCAAAGUGUAGAAGAUGAUAAUGCAUUUGUAUCAUAGGUUCAAGAUUAGGGAAUAUCAAUGCUUUUUCUUAAAUUGAGCUUUGAAGUUGAAAAGAUCACAGAUCGUUUGGGAAUUGUGUUAAAAUGUUGUUUCAUGCAAGCGAGUAUCAAUGUAAUUAUUAAGUAUUGGUUUGUUAUGAA